UGAUUAUUGACAGAUACCGUACAUCAGUUUUAAUGGGAGCGAUUGUUUGUUUAAAGUUGGCACCUUUACCCUGUUGUGGGUGACAAAAGCAGGGCAAAUAUUUAUUACCUUUAAUGGAAUAACAAUAGUUAUUGUAUAAGAUGAUAUAUAGCACACUUUACUGGAGGUAUAACAGUGUUAAUGUAUGGACAAGGUAGACAGAUGUUUGGACUAUAUUAUACCAGUGGGGAUUACAUGCUCAAUGUUCCACGUUUUCUUAAGUAACGUGCAUUGUGGAUUUAUAAUUGUCACAGCUUCAAACACUUAACUAAAUCUGUUAGAAAUAUGGUGCAAAAUUUAACUGUGUGAAAAUGAAAUUAGUAUAAGACACGGUUUAAAGCGGAAAUGGUUAUCUGUAUUGGUGCAAUUCUUCUGUGACAGAUAUGGUUUAUAGUUAAUAUUGUGAAAUAGAUGGAAGAUUGUUUUCUGUUAUGAAUUAUUGAAGUGUCUGAUAUUGUUGGAUAUUUGGAAGGAAUAAUGGCUGCACACGAGUAUGAGAACAUUGAUAAUAUCUGGUUGACAGAUCGUAUAACCUUGUCACCUGGUAGAGGGAUAGUGAAGCCUAUAGCAUUUAAGCCAGUGGCAUCAAAUCCAAAAUUUGUAAACUCCCCUAAACAGUAUAGCGAACAUCCACGCAAAUAUUCUAGUCACGAUGAUGGAUAUGGCUCACAAGACUAUGGAGUGACCAGUCAGAGUGUAGCAAAUACGUCACAUGGCUCCGCCUACUCACAGAUGGAUUUUGACAGGUCUGCCAGUUUCUCAAGUGAUUGUAACAGGACCUCUGAUAGGGCAGAUUCUGUAGCCGCAUCCCACAUGAGUAGGCUCUCAUCCAAUCAGAUGGAUGGUUAUGUUCAAACACCUUCACCAAGUGAUAGUGGUGUUGGUGAGCUGGAAGCCAUCUUGAAAGAGAAAGAUGCUGAAAUAAAUAUAUUAAGGGAUGUAAUGGACAAAAAUGAAAGAGCAAUAUUUCAAGUGUACGAAGACAAGAAACAUGGCUGGGUGAGAGAUAUUCAGGAAAUGAAAGAAGACUUUGAUAGACAAAUUAAAGAGUGCAAAAGAAAAUCAUACAAAUCUGAGCAAAUUCUUAACCUGCAAGUAUUUAAAUUACAGCAAGACAAAAAAGGAUUAAAAGAUGAAAUUGAUAAACUAGUUGCAGAAAAGGAAGAUUUGCUUCAGAAAUGUGAGGCUUUCGCUGAAGAAACAAAUAGACUGCAAACUCAGAUGGAUGACGCAACUUGGCAGGGUCAAGGGCGAAGAUCAUCGGGGGAUGUGUCAAACUUACAAAAUCAAAUAGAUCAUUUACAUAGUGAACUUACAGACAAAUCUGAAGAAGUGCUAAGACUUCAAUCAAGACUUGAAGAAGCGAAAUCCAAACUGGAUGAAACUAAUGCAAAUAUCGAAAACAGAAACCGUCAGUUUUCGGAGCGGUUAAACUGCAACACCUCUUCAGAUAGUCUUAUGAGAUUAAAUAAUUCCGGUUCUGAUAUGGAACCGGAUAUCCCAUUGUGUCAUUGUGAAAAGGAAAUACAAACUGAUUUCUCUAAAGCUAAAACUCCAGAGAGAGAAACACUAAAGCCAUCAUUAAUAUGUGAGAAAGACAAAGAAGUAAACACUUUGCGGGAAGAACUUAAUAAACUCCGUCUUGAAAUGCUAGUCAAUAAAGAAGAACAUGAGAAAGAGAAAGAACAAUGGCUCGAAGAGAAGAACAAAGUGAUUAUGUACCAGAAACAGUUACAGUUAAAUUAUGUUCAAAUGUUCCGCAAAAACAAGGUUCUGGAGGCCGAAGUUGAGCAAUUGACUCUUGAACUUGAAAGCCGAGACAUGAAAUUGAUGGCACUGAAUGGGGAGGAGUCUGUGUGCUAAAUAUAUAGUAACAGAAGCUAUUGCCAGUACAUUAUACAGUAUGGGUGGCUGUAUGUGUGUAUUAUAAGUGUUCAAACAAGUGUUGUAUGUCAGAUUCAUGAAAUAUUUUCUUUCCAUUAACUUUGAUUGCUGAUACAAGUGUAACUGUGUCAGUACAAUAAAUACAAAACUAUAGUGCUAACUACCUACCUGAAGAAAUUGUUCGGAAAAAAAAUCCUGGAAAUGAUUUAUUGUAUUGUUUACAUAGUGGGGAAGUUAUUGUAUUGGUACUUACAUACAACAUAUAUAGUUAUUUACUAAGCUGAGAUAUUAAGAAUGUUAUGGUACAAAUUAAAAUUACCAUAAAAAAUGUUAACUUAGGAAAUAAGCUUAUAAGAAAGUUUAUAUUUUUUAUUUUACUUAACAAAACCAGAAAAUAUUUAUUUUUUAUCAAUAGCUAAGAUACAGAUAUUGUUAAAAAAGCUUUUUUUUAUGAAUUUUUUCACUUCACUUAGGAGAAUUGUAUAUUUUUGUACUUUCCGGGAUUGUCCUGUUUUGUUCAGAAUUUUGUUUUUGUAUGGAAAGAAGAUGAGUCAGCCUCAGAUUUAUAUACAGACACAAGUCAGUUCAAAUCAAUGUAUUCAAAUAUAUACAGUCUGAGACAAAUUACAGUAUAACAUGACUAGAAUAUGCAAAUUAGUUUCAUCUAACCCUUAACCGGCUAAAUUUCUGAAAUUGACUCAGAAAACCUUUCACAUUUGGAAGUGUCCAUUAUCAAUUUUGGAGAUAUCAAGAUGAAAAUAUUAAGGUAGUAAGCCAAAGGUAUAGAGUUUGAUCAGACUGCAAUGAUAUGUAGGCUUUUUCAGAAAUAUAUUGCAUUAUAAAAGUGAUUAUUUCAAGGUACUUUCUCAUGAAAUCCAUCUUAUCAUACACUAAGCUCAGCUUUACUCACUUCACUGCAGUGCCUUGUGGUCAGAGCAAAAAACUCAAGAAACUUUUAUUUAUGUUCAAAACAUUGUAUGCAUAUUAGAUAAUUUUUAUAUUCUUUCUUGCGCUUCCAAUUCAUAAAUUUGUCUGCAUUUGUGUUACAUGUUCUAGAAAAUAUCUUAAUACCGAUAUAAAAGAAAAGUAAGCAUCACUGGUAUUUUUGAAGUCCUAGGAAUAUUGUUUAUGGGACUGUAUUAUUGAUCAUAGAAACAUAAAUUGAUAAUUUAUGUCACUAACGAUUUGCCAGUGAAUUGAAUCUGUUUAUAUUGUCACAGUAUAAUAAUCCAAAUGUGUGCUGUGAAGCUAUGUUAAUUAAGAAAUAUGUAUGGUAUAUUAAACUUGUACCAACAUAUUUAUGUUCAGGUACAAUCCAAAUUUCUUUGAGCUUGAGAGAAACAUUUAUUAACUGGAUUUUAAGCAGGCAGACAUAAUUUUGUUAACACUUGAGAAGACUAUAUGUAUAGAAUGUUUGUAAGUAUCUCCCUUGAAUUAUAUUUCUUGAAGACAGAAGCAUUGUGGCCUAGUCAUAAUACACACUGUGUUUUCUGUUAUUUAAUGUACAUAUUUUUUUUUUCAAAGUGCCAAAGAUCAUGAAAUUGUGUUUUGUAAAUUUGAUAUUAAGGAGGAGUUAUCUUCUGUAGGGAGGAGUUAUGUAAUGGAAGGAGGAGUUAUUUAAUUGAAGGUGGAGUUGUGGAAACUUUAAGAAUGAGAGAUUCUAGAUGAAUUUUGGGUAUUUGUUGAAUUGUAAAAGUAGUUUUGGGUAUUAUAAUCAUAAAGUUUAUAAAAAAGAAAACAAAUAUGAAAACACAAAAUGGAAAUUAAUAUUGCUGUCUUUUAAAGGAACUCCACUGAGGGUCAAAAGCCUAAAAAAUGAAUUUCUUACAUGGAUUAUCCAGGGCACGUAAAAACAGAAGGAUAUGCUGAAGAUAAUAAGAAGUUUACCCAGAAAUAUAUUGAAAAUCAUUAAUUUUAUCCCAAUUUCAGUAAAAAGCGUUGCAAAGCUUUUCAAUUUUAGUCACUUUUCUCAAUUAAAAUUUUUAUUCAGGAAAAACAGAGUAAGCGAAUUAUCUGAAAUUCUGCACACAAGUUCUUGGACUGACAACAAAUGGAACAUUAAUCUUGAAAAAUUAUUUUCAGUGCAGUCAUGUCAAAAAACCUCAGUGAAGUCCCUUUAAAUUUUAGAUAUGUCUUCGUGAUGUAGAUUGAAAUCUUCACUGGUUAGACUCAAAGAAUUAAACACAAAAAAUUGUUGUUGUUUUUUAUGAAGACACAGUUAGUGCUAAAGAUUGACAUAAAUUAUAUUAAUAAAAAUAUUUUCUUUAUAAAAGCAUAUUUCCGCGUGUAAAUAAUGUAGGAGUGAAGUAAUUCAUACAUGAUGACACCUUUUGUAUUCAGUCAUCUAAUUGAAGAAGGAAAAAUUCAGUUAUUUUCAGAAUGUGACACAGUUAAAAGGUGAAAUUGGGUUUUAAUUGGAAUAUCAAAUUUAAAUGGUUCUCAAGUGUAAGACCUCCAGCAUUGAUACAUGUACUUUUUUUUAACAAUUUCAUCUUAUAAGUUGAGUUUUUAUUGUGAUAUUUUUUUGUGUAAAGAAGUGCAGAGUUGAACAAUUCAUUUUUUUUGUUACUUAAUUGAUAAUGUUAUUAUUGAAAUACCUGUUUUCUUAUAAUGGACAAGUCCUGUCAGUCGGUAUGGAAGCUGCCAUUUCAUGAUUAAAGGGAGGAAAGUGUUCUAGUUUGUUUGGUAAUUUGAAUGAUAUAAAACUUGUGUUAGUAGAACAGCACGGUUAUUAUUAUUAAUUCUGUUUUUGCAUAACUUAAAAUAAAACACUAUAACAAACAAUUA